AAAAAACUAUGGUACAGAAAAAUAAACACAAACAAAAAUUUCAUAAAAAAAAAUAUUUAUUUAUUAAUUUUGAAUUUAAUGUAGAAGAGGUCAUAGACAUAGAUACAUAAUACUCACAAUAUUUUUAUCAGAAGUUACAUAGCAAAAAGUAGUUUUGAUAGACACAAUCAUAAUUUUCAACUAGGACCACCACUUAAAUCAAAUGAAAUCUAAGAUAAUUAUAUGAAAUUUUUUAAAGAUGAAAUUUAAACUAUCUAUAAAUGGUGACAAUGAAUCGCAGUUAUUAUGAUGUUUUUAUGCGAACUUGCGCGAGAAGUCCCGGUAACGUUGCCAUUAGACAAUACGAAUGCGGAAAAUAUCAUACAUAUACUUAUUCAGAAUUAUACGGAGUCUGCGAAUACGUGUCGCAGAACUUGCAACAGUUAAAAUGCAACAAAGGUGUCAUAGCAUUGGUUUCGGAAAAGAAUGCAAUCAUACCUUCGGUUAUAGCAGCGGCACACAAAUGUUGUACCUCUUUUAUAUUUUUGAAUUCUCCUCAAGACAUAGAGAUUAUUACUGGGAAAAUCAAAUUGUCUGCAGUAAUUGUGAUCAACAAAAACAGAGAUAAUGUUCAAUUGGAAUUAUUUGGAAAAAAACCUGACACAACAGCUUCAAUGUUUGAUUUGAACAUACUCUUCUACAGUUGUGAUACUACUGCUGAAAAUAAUUUUGUAUCUCAACACUCAUUUAUAGCAACAACCUCAGGCAGCACCGGGGAACCUAAGCACAUACAAGUGCCAAUACAAUGCCUACAACCAAACAUUGAUGAUUUAACUAAACUAUUUAGCAUUACCUCAAAAGAUGUUAUCUAUUUUUCAACUCCACUGACCUUUGAUCCAUCUAUGGUUGAAAUAUUACUUGCAUGUACAAAUGGAGCAUCACUUCUUAUUGCACCAGACCUCACAGAAGUAUUAUUUCAUGAGGACAAUGACAAUUCUGUAACAUUCUGGCAGACAACACCAUCAAAAUUUUUUCAACAUUCUAAUGAAAAUAUCAAGAAUAAAAUAUUAUGUGCUAGAUCUACACUCAAAGUGUUGGCUUUAGGAGGUGAACCGCUUAAUGGAAUUAAAAUACUGAAAGAGCUAAAACAUAAGAAUAAUAAAACUAGAAUAUUCACAUUAUAUGGAGUUACAGAGAUGUCAUGUUGGGCAAGUGUAGCAGAACUUGAUCUAAAUAAAGUUACUACAGGAGACAAGGAAGUGCCAUUGGGAAACUGCCUAUCGGAAACAGAAUUAUUUGUUCAACCUCAUGAGAAAAAUAAUACUAUGGGUAAAAUUAUAUUGGCUAGCAAAACAAGAAAAUGUAUUCUUCUUAAUAGAAAGAAUGGAAACAAAGAAGAAAAUAGUAUAAAGUUUAUUGACACAGGUGACAUUGGUGAGAUAAGGAAUGGGACUGUGUUUUAUAGAGGCCGUGUAGAUGACACAAUAAAAAGAUUUGGUCAUAAAAUCAAUUUACAUUCUAUAGAAUCUACUGUGAUGCAGUGUCCAAGAGUAAGGUCUUGUUCAUGUGUGUGGCUGCAAACCCCUCUCCUCCUCAUUGUAUACUUCUCAGCUGAAACAUUGAGCAGUCAGGAAUUAUUGGACUUCCUUAAAUGUAAGCUUGAUGAAAAAUACUGGCCAGAUAAGGUGAUCAGAGUGGAUACUUUGCCUACUAAUGCUCAUGGAAAGACUUCUAAAGAAAUCCUAGUCAAUAUCUAUAAAAAAUCAAACAUACUACAAAAUGUGGAAAAUAUCAAAUCAUAUCUUUUUAAAGAAUUAAAGGCUUUAGUAAAUAAAGAUUUGAAUUAUGAAGAUCUUCAAAGUAAAAGUUUUUUUUCACUUGGUGGUACGUCAUUCCUAGCAGUAACAAUUUGCAAUAAACUUUCAUUAACUUUCCCUGAAGUAGGAAAACAUAUUUUACCACAUUUAUUAUCACAUAAUAAAAGUAUUGGUGAUGUUUUAAAAACUAUUACCCAAGACACAAACUGCUUAGAAAAUAAAUUCAAAAAGAGUAUCAAAAGAAACCGAUCUACAAGCAGCCAUGGUGAAAAUAGCAUAUCUUACAAAAAAGGUGCCGGUGGCAUUAGAAAUUCUAAUACAGUGGAGUUUGUUGUCCAAUGGACUUUUGAUACUGGGAAAUGUGUUGAUGCUUCUCCUGCACUCUAUAAAAGUGAAAGUGUGCUGUAUGUCACCGUCGGGAGCCACUCAGGAAAAAUCGUGGUUAUGAACGCUAACACCGGUUUUAUACAAGGUCUGAUUAAGUUGAAAUCACGAAUUGAAGCUCCGAUCCUGUGUGUGCACGAUGAAUGCGUGACAUCACCUUGCGGCGUUGUUGGCACAUACGAUGGUACUGUGAUCUGCUUUCUUCUCGAAAAUUGCUCAGUAAUAUGGCAAAUCAAUGUUGGUUCCAUGAUUAAAAGUAAAGCAACAUACUGUAAAGGAGUUUUAUACAUUGCAUCAUAUGAUGGUAACAUACGAUGCAUUGACAUCUUGACUAGUACCAUUAAAGAAACAGUACAUGUCUCAGACCAAGCAAUAUCAGCAGAUCUAGUCUUAGCUAAAAAUGAAUUCAUUCUCUUCGGUACACUUUCUGGUGUGUGUGCUUGUUUGCACGUCAAUACCAAGACUAUUAUUUGGCAAGGUUCCUUGAAAGGUCCCAUUUUCGCAUGUCCUGUACUAUAUGAUAAUGACAAGUAUGUAAUUUUUGCUGAAGUAAAUGGAGAAAUACAUUGCAGGACUGUAGAAAAGGGUAUUAAGAUAUGGACAUACAAUGGAGCAAAAGGAAACAUAUUUUCAUCAUUAUGUGUAAAAGAAAUAAAUAAAUUUAAGUGGCAGAUGUACUUUGGAUGUCAUGACAAUAAUGUCUAUAGUGUUAACAUUACAAAUUUUCAACCAAGCUUGCACUGGAAGACAAGAGUUAGUUCCCCUGUUUACUCAACACCAACUAUAUUCAAUGAUAAAUUAAUAUUGGCUGCCUCUACUGAUGGAAAGUUGUGGGUAAUUCAUUCAGAGCUUGGAACUGUAACUGCCCAGUACCAAUUACCAGGAGAAACAUUUUCUUCUCCCAUAAUAUGUGAUGAUCAUGUAUUUAUUGGCUGCAGGAAUGAUCUCUUAUACAGUCUCAAAAUUGAUACAAAAUAAGAUGUAUUAUAGCUAUAUAUUAGAUAUGAGUCGACUAUUAUCAAAGGCGGCAAUCUGACUUUUGGACAAUGAUUGGUAAAUCAGAAAAACGAAUUAUUGACUUUGUAUUCCAUUGGCAGUCACAAAACUCUUCGGAACGACAUCUUAGAUAAAUAACAGGUUAACUAUUAACCUUUAUUUAAAUCAGGUUUUGAACCGUAUUCUUUGAAGGAGACGAUUAUAUUCAAAUAAAUCUGUAUUGACAUAUCAAUAAAAAAAAUUUGUCCAAAUGUACAGAUUGCCACCUUUGAUAAUAGAAGACUCAUAUGUACAAAAUAGAAAAUUGUUGUCAUACUUUUGUUUUGAAAUAAAAUAAAAAAAUUAUUGUUUUCAUAAUGUAACUUUAUUUAUGAUCUUACACAAUUAAAAUAAUGAGCAUUCAUAAUUUUGAAAGAUUACACAAAUUAUAUUAAGGUUAUUGCUGCAUCAAUAAAUGUACCAUAUUGGAAUGCAUAUCAGUUACAAAAUAACAUAUAAACAGCUUUUAACUUGUGCAGACCAACUCAACACUGAUAAAUAUUAAAGAUAAAAAUAGCAACCACCCAACUAUAUUCUGAAAUUAUUCUUUAGUUUUAAUACUUAGUGCAAAUAAUAUUUUCUUUUCAUUUAAUGAAACUGGUUAAAUGUAGACCAUAAACUUCUCAAUUACUUAAAUAUGAAGUAUUAUAAAGUAACAAUUCAUUGAGGUUUUUCCUUAAAUAAACAGUUGAAUAACAAGCAGUAUACAUAUUAUUUUUUCAUGAGACCUCUCAGUUAUUUACUGAUCCUCUUCACCAAGUUCCAGCUUGACUUUAGAGAAAUCAAAUUCUUCCCCAGUACCAUGUUUAUAAAUUUUAAGCACAUCCAGACAAGUUGUUUCAAAGUGUGUGGUGGCAUCAUAAGAUUCCGAAAUAAAUAUUUGGCUUUGGCUACCAUCAUCGAUUGGCUCAUAAUAGUCAGUCACUGAUACAAACUUUUGCCUAAUGGCACCCAAAAGAGCCAAACCAGGUCUGAUUUCAGAUUCAGGAUCAUUGGUCUCAACAGUAGUAGAGACCAUAGCAAUAAACCAACCCUUAGCUGCAACCUGGUGAGUGUAGGACACAACCGACACAUAGAUAUCAGAAUUCCUCUCAACUUGUUUUUGAGGGAUUAUAAUCUGAGUGGAAAGUGCAUCCUUGGUGUUAGAAAUGGGAUGAUCUAAUAGACAAAUGCAUCGUAUCACCUGACCCUUCUUACGGACACGGUCAGGGACAUAGCUUGGGUCACAAUAAACCUGCUUACACUUGGCAGUUUCAUUGCCAGAGCGAACACCAACCACUUUUCCAUCCUCUCCCAAGACAAUCUCAUCUAUGGGUUUGUCCAACAUAUAGGUUCCUCCAUAUAUAGCAGAAAGGCGAGCAAAGCCUUGAGGAAGUUCUCCCAAUCCAUACAAUGGGUAAAGGUAAGGAGACUUACCAUACUUCGCUAGUGAAUCAGAAUACAACUUGAUGCGGCGAAUGGUCUGGAUAGCAGGCUGUUGCAAAUAAUUAUCAUCCAAAUAAAGGGCAAGAGCAUGUCCAGUGAAAUCUUGGGUGUUUCUAUCUAACCCAAACUUAUCGUACAGCGACUGCAUGUUUGCAGUUGAGGGAUCAAAAUCCUUCCAUGUCUUGGCAUCUUCUUCCUGGAAAUCUUGAACGUAGAUUAAGAAGUUGCGGAAACGCCUCUUCUCAAACAUGCCCAUAAGAUCAGACGCAAGAGCUUCUUUCUGAUCGACAGGUACUUUGGAGAUUUUUCCACCUUUGUAAACAUAACUUCCUUCGAUGGACUUAAACUCCAAGUACCGGGUGACGCCCGUGUGAAUAAGCAAUUUGACUAGCAAUCCAUUAGCCAUCAGAAACUUAGGAAUCAAGUCAACGUUCCAGUCUCGACCUCGACCGUAUGUUUCAUCAGGUGCCGGUGCGUUGAACUUAGCGAACAGCUCCUCUAACGGGGUAAUUGACGCAGAUUCACCACCGUAGUACUUAUUGCGAUCGAUGUGCAAAACCUUCUUCCCAGAAACCGACAACAUGCCGCUUAAAAUACAUUCUUUUAAGCCUGUUCCCAGGACAAUCACAUCGUAUUCUUCAUCCAUUAUGAUAGUGUAAAAGAUCAACUCGAUUUAACCAACUACUGCUGAAGAAA